GCCCUGAGCGCGAACAUGGGGAACACACAUUCCAAAAGCGGUGACAGACACAGCGCACUGCCUGGCUGCCCCGAGCUGUCCUGCUACAGCUCUUUCCCCAGGAAAUGGAGCGAGAACGUCUUUUUAGAUAAUGAGCUGUUGACCUCCAAGGUCCUGUCCGUGCUGCGGCCGCAGUCGGAGCGGGGCUUCCGGACAGGCGACCUGCGCUACCCUGCCCACUUUCUGAGCACCAACUCUGUCUUUACCUCUGUCGCAGCCUCACUGAAGGAGCACUCCCGGAGCACCCUCUUGGCCGAUGGCAGCCCGGCCCCGUCCAGGAAUGUCGGCAUGACGGUCUCUCAGAAAGGGGGUCCCCAGCCAACACUGAGCCCAGCUGGAACUGGGACGCGACUCAGACCAGUCACAGGAGAGAUGGACGAAGCUGACUCUGCAUUUGUGAAGUUUAAGCCGGCAGCUGAUGACUCUCUUUCACUUGCAUCUUCGAAUGCUGAGUCCAUUUUUGUAGAAGACCCCUACACUGCCUCACUGAGGAGCGAGAUCGAAUCAGACGCCCACGAAUUCGAGGCUGAGUCCUGGAGCCUGGCUGUGGACUUGGCCUAUGCCAAGAAACAAAAGAAGGAGGUUGUGAAAAGACAGGAUGUCCUUUAUGAGCUGAUCCAGACAGAGGUCCACCACGUGCGGACACUCAAGAUCAUGCUGAAGGUGUACUCCAGGGCCCUGCAGGAGGAGCUGCAAUUCAGCAGCGAGGCCAUCAGCCACCUCUUCCCGUGCGCCGACGACCUGCUGGAGAUGCAUGGCCACUUCCUCUCUCGGCUCAAGGAGCGCCGCCUGGAGUCCCUGGAGGAGGGCAGCGACCGGAAUUACAUCAUCCAGAAGAUUGGGGACCUACUGGUGCAGCAGUUUUCAGGUGAAAAUGGGGAGAGGAUGAAAGAAAAGUACGGCGUGUUCUGCAGUGGCCACAACGAUGCAGUCAGUCAUUAUAAGUCACUGCUGCAGCAGAACAAGAAAUUUCAAAACCUGAUCAAGAAAAUCGGCCACUUUUCCAUUGUGAGGCGGCUUGGUGUGCAGGAGUGUAUUCUUCUGGUUACUCAGCGUAUCACCAAGUACCCAGUGCUGGUAGAACGCAUCAUUCAGAACACAGAAGCUGGCACCGAGGACUAUGAAGACCUGACCCAGGCCCUAAACCUCAUCAAAGACAUCAUCUCACAAGUGGACGCCAAGGUCAGCGAGUACGAGAAGGGCCAGCGCUUCAGGGAGAUUGCAGGGAAGAUGGACCUGAAGUCCUCCAGCAAACUCAAGAAUGGACUUACCUUCCGCAAGGAGGACAUGCUGCAGCGGCAGCUCCACCUGGAGGGCACACUGUGCUGGAAGACCACAUCAGGGCGCUUGAAAGAUGUUCUUGCUGUCCUAUUGACUGAUGUGCUUUUGCUGCUACAAGAAAAGGAUCAGAAAUACGUCUUUGCUUCUGUGGACUCGAAGCCCCCCAUCAUCUCUUUACAAAAGCUCAUCGUAAGGGAAGUGGCCAACGAAGAAAAAGCCAUGUUUCUGAUCAGCGCCUCCCUGCAAGGGCCCGAGAUGUAUGAGAUUUACACCAGUUCCAAAGAGGACAGGAACACCUGGAUGUCCCACAUCCGAAGGGCCGUGGAGAGCUGUCCGGAUGAGGAGGAAGGGCCCUUCAGCAAGGCCGAAGAAAAGAAGGUGGUCGAGGCCCGCGCCAUGAGACUCAGGGACUUUCAAGAACGACUGAGCCAGAAAGACCAGCUGAUUGCCCAGAGCCUCAUGGAGAAGCAGCAUAUCUACCUGGAGAUGGCCGAGAUGAGCGGACUUGAAGACAGUCCCCAGCCACGAGUCCUCUUCCGAGGAGGGGACCCUUCUGAAACCCUGCAGGGGGAGCAGAUUCUCAAGUCAGCCAUGAGUGAAAUUGAGGGCAUCCAGAGCCUGAUCUGCAGGCAGCUGGGCAGCGUCAAUGGCCAGGUGGAAGAUGGAGAUGUCCCCACAUGCCUGCCCCGGAGGGCCGAGACCUUCGGGGGCUAUGACAGUACUAGCAGCCCCAGCAAGAAUGGCAGUUUUAAGAAGAAGGUCUGCAGCGAUGACCCCAGGCCCCAAGACUGGCGAGGCCCCGCGAGCAGUCCAGGCUCAAAGUUCAGUGACAGCGACACCCCAGGGGAUUCUGAGGAAAUACCGCAGGCGGUAGAGGCACCGAGCACAGAGUCUGGCCCCCGUCCGCCCACUGUCCUGGAGUUGGAGCUUGUCCAGCGGAUCCAGACGCUGUCCCAGCUACUCCUCGGUCUCCAGGCGGUAAUCGCCCAGCAGGACAGCUACGUGGAGAUGCAGCGGGCGGCCAUCCAGGAGCGGGAGAAGCAGACGCGUGGGAACCUGCUGCUGGAGCAGGAGCGGCAGCGCAACUUCGAGAAGCAGCGGGAGGAGCGGGCGGGCGUGGAGAAGAUGCAGAGCCAGCUGCGACUGGAGCAGCAGCGCUGGGAGCGCGAGCGCGAGCAGCAGCGCCGGGAGCUGGAGCGCGCGGGCGCGCGGCUGCAGGAGCGCGAGGGCGAGGCGCGCCAGCUGCGCGAGCGGCUGGACCAGGAGCGCGCCGAGCUGGAGCGCCAGCGCCAGGCCUACCAGCACGACCUGGAGCGGCUGCGCGAGGCCCAGCGCGCGGUGGAGCGCGAGCGCCAGCGCCUGGAGCUGCUGCGCCGGCUCAAGAAGCAGCACACAGCGCCCGGAGCGCUGCCACCCGAGGCGCUGGCCGAGGCCCAGCCCCUAAGCCACACUCUCAGCUUCAACGGAGAAGGGCUGGAGGGGUCCUUGGCCCUGGCCAAAGUGCAGGGACCCCGGGCAAGCAUGCUACUGCCCUGCCCUGGGCCUGAGUAUAUGGAGCGUCCCGAGGUGGCUCGCCGGGACAGCGCCUCUGCUGAGAGCCGCCCGGCCAAGAGUGAUGUGCCCAUCCAGCUGCUCAGCACCACCAACCAGUUCCAGAGGCAGGCCGCCGUGCAGCAGCAGAUCCCCACCAAGCUGGCCGCCUCCACCAAGGGGGGCAAGGACAAGGGUGGCAAGAGCAGGGGCUCCCAGCGCUGGGAGAGCUCAGCCUCAUUCGACCUGAAGCAGCAGCUGCCACUCAACAAGCUGAUGGGGAAGGACGAGAGCACCUCGAGGAACCGCCGGUCGCUGAGUCCUAUCCUGGUCAGCAGCCACAGUGCUGCGCCAUCCCCAGACCCCUGCUUCCCUGCCCCAAGCCCGGCCCCAGCCGACAUCCACCCCGAGUCCUUCUCCUUCAAGGCCGUGUCCCCAUCUGCCUCACUGCUGCCGGCCACACCGUUCAUUGACAAGGAGGAAGCCGGCAAAGAAGAUGUCAUCUUCUUCUAAAAGGGCCAUGGCUCGAGGUGCAGCCCCCUCCCUGUCCUGCCCACCCAGCUGUCCCCCUCCCUUUUCCAAGCAAACCACCGACAACCGCCUGGCCAGGGCGGGCCUGUUGGUGCUUUGGGUGUCGCAGCUCUCUCUGUAGGAUUAGCUGUGGUGCUUGGGUAACUUUCGUUUUGUUUUUUUAAAGGAAGGUUUUUAAUCGAAGGUUGAACCAGAGCUAAACCAAGGAGCUGUUUUAAAUCGUAGCGCCCCAUUUGGGUAGGGGGAGACUGACUCAAGCUGCUUUUCCAAGGCAGUGAGGGACAGUGGGGCUUUUGCAAGGAGCUGAGGACACGCCAGACCUCAGUCUGAGAAGGAGCUUUUGGCCCGAGCCAGCCCCACGGCCACCAGGAGACGCUGGGGCAAGGCAUCACGGCAUCAGAAGGGGCCAGGUGAGCGUCGGCUGUGUCUGUCUGCAGGGUUGGACAGAAUCCACUUUGAAAGUAGAGACACAAACAGGUUCAUGGUGAACCUCAAGGCCAGGGAGUGAGCCGGGCAUUGGGGUGGGACAAAGGCCACCAGGGCAGAGAGGGCCACAGGGCAAGAUGUUGGGAAGCUCAUCUUGAAAGGGGCUGAUCGUUGACAGGUUUUAAAACCUGCCAUUUUCCAAAUUCUGCGGCUUGAAGGGUGGCCACCGUUCCCCACACACUCAGCCUAUCUGGGAAACUGAGCCUCGAGCUUCAGCCAGGGCUAGCAUGCACCCCAGGCAGAGGGUCCUCAGCCCCCGUAAAAUGGGCUGGUUUUCCCGGGGCUGCUGGGAAGAAGCCCUUAGAGCCAGUGUGCGUGAGAUGUGGGACCAGUAUGUCCCAGGGCAUGGGACUAAACGGCAGGAGAUGUAGCCAGCAAGGGGGCACAUGGCUGGACACCUUGCAGGACCCUCCCUUGUUGCAAGCUGCACAGCUCGUGGUCAACUUCCCCUGGAGGAGCUGGGGGGAGCUGCUGGGGGCGGCAUUGAAUGUCCAUGAUGGGUCCAGGAUGGUCAGAUCCACGUUCAAGAUCUGGCCUGGGAGAAGGCACGUUUCCAGCUGUGUUCUGCACCCCAGUCUUCCCUGCUGCGCUGCCCAAAGGGUUGGCAGCAGGACUGGGUGCCAGGGUGGUGGUUCUUGGGGAGAAUGAGCCAGGGCCAAGUCAUUCUCCCCAACCCGGCAUCCUGGAGCCUGGGGCAGCUACAGCCAAGGGACUCCCCUGUGACAGCCAACAUAGUGAACAGGGACAUUCCCACCACUUAAGGCAGGUGGGCAUGGGAGGGGGAAACUGCUGGUCACCUAAGCAGGGGGCUCUCUAUCAGCCCCCUGUAGCCGAGGUGCCUGUUCGGUGCCGCAGGCUCAGGAGGGGACCAGGCAGGUGCAGGUGUUGACUAGGGGCCAGGGCACCUCGGCAGCACAGCCGGUCACAACAAGGUACUGAAAGCAGCGGUUCUUGACCUCUCCUGAGCACUGCGAGGGGCUUGGUGUCCCCAAGCUCCUGGCCCUUCCAAGAACCUCCACUUUGCCCAGCUCGAUCCUAUGACCCAGGUGUCCUCACCGUCAGAUCUCAUCUGUGCCAUGUUUAUAACCAGUGUUUUGUAUUUUUGAACUGAGAAGUAUCGGAGCACUUUAGAAAAGCUGACUUUUAAGUUCCCAUUCUGUCAUGUAAAGAACAUUCCUGGACUCAUGCACUGGGUGGUGUCGCCACCAUGCACCGACCUGAGCCCCGGUGUGACCCUCCGAGACGCUGUGAUUCCUUGGAUGAUAAGUUCAAGGGAUAUUUGCUCGGCUGCAGGGUGGGAAUGGGUGGUCCCCUACCUCGUGGCCGAGGGGGCUUCUCAGCCACACACAGCAGGGCCGCAUCUCCUAUGUCUUCUCCCACCAGUACCCGUUGGUCACUCCUGGGUACAAAUUUUAUUUGUAAAGUUGAUGGGUAAGCACAUGUUCAUAUUUCUGUGGGAUCUGUGCAUAUCUUCGUCAAUUGUGAUCAUGAUCUUUGUCCACCUGACAAUUAUUUUUACGAUGAUUCCAACGUUUCCACAACUCGGAUCAUCACAACUGUGUUAGAACUUAAGACCUAAUUCUAGCAAUAAAAGUGU